GCCGCAAAAGCAACUGCGGAUAACAAGAAUACCACAGAGGAAGUUUCUUCCGAAAAACCCGCUUCUGAGAAUUCAUCAGCUACAGCGAACAAAGUCCCGAAGGCAACUGCGGACAAAAAGGAUACCAGUGAGGAAGUUUCAGUCGAAGCACCCGUCACUGAGCAUUCAUCAGCUACAAAGAGCAAAGCUCUAAAGGCAACUGCGGACAACAGGGAUACCAUCGAGAAAGCUUCCGUCGAAGCUUCCGCCUCCGAGCACUCACCAUCUACAACGAAAAGUAAAUCAUACUACCUUUUCAAACGCCUAGGCAUCUGUUACUUUUAA